AUGCCGGCGCCUCUCCAACAGUCGGACAUCAUCUUCUCUUCCGCAUCGCAUGUUCUGCGUGACACACUCGGCGAGCUCAAAAAGGCCAAUCUCAGCAUCAAGAACCGCCUCAAAUCGAUCAAGCAAGACUCCAUCUUUGUUUGUGCCGUCUCGGACGCGUAUCAUCUGCCUUUGGUGGCCAACGAACGGUGUGGGAGCUGGUACAUCCCUCCCUCGAGGAAAGCGGGAAGUGCUUACUUCAAGUCCACCGAUGGCCAUUUUGGGCAAUGGACACUCUCGCUCAGGAGAUUAAACCUGCAAGUGCUGGACUGUCUGGAGCAGCAUGGCGGUGUGGUGAUUGUCGACUCGACGCGCCGAGGCAAGAGUAUGCCUGAUGCGCUGUCCAAAACCAUCCCGAUAUGGGUCGCUGUCCUGAAUCGACUGCUGUUCGUGGAAGACCAAGAACCGGGCGAGUUGAGAACGCCACUAGAUGUCGUUGGGGAGAGCGAGCAUGCGCAGAUCGAGUCGCGAAUUGACGAGUGUCUGCACGGAUUGACACGCCUCGACCUGGAUUUAGACGGCCUGAGGGCGAAGCUGAAGGGGAAGCCAAUGCAAGUGUGCUGGCAACGACCUGGUGAUGCACUUCCCGAGGACCUGUCCAAAGACGCGACCGCUAACUUGAUUGUACUGUGCACUGCCUCGAACCAGACUAGCAACGAGACCUCUGCAACAUCCGACUACGUGCAAGGAGCUGCAGACGACCCGGAAGCAUGGUCCUGCGGACUAGAUUCCGUAUCUUUUUGGCGGCACAGCGAGGCUUUGCUUGCGGCAUCAGAGGACGAUCUACCACUCCUCAUCAAGGAGCUCAUGGCAUCUGCAGACACAGUUGGUCCUGCCAACAGGCCAGUGUUGGUCAAGCCGACUUCCCAAAUCUGGAUCUCCAGCAAUGAUACUGCAAACAGCUCAUGCGACGAGUUUGACUAUGUGAUCGCCUGCACGACAACACCAGACCAAGACCUCGUCACCAACUUGAAAGAUCGCUACAUUGUCCUCCCUCUGCCCGCAGGUAAGAACGGCAGCCGCAUGCUUCGCACAGAAUUAUCGAAGCUCGACUCUUUCCGCAUUAGCUUGAGUGCGACCAGCAAAAUCCUAGUCACUUGCUCUACUGGCAAAGAUCUUGCUAUUGCCUUCGAUCAACAAGACGCUCAUCAAGCAGCGCUUGAGCUGGAUCAUGGUGUCUAUGCCUGA